AUGAUCCCUAUCAGGGACAAGGUGAUGAAAGGCAGCCGAGAUAUCCGAUGGGCUCCCGCCCAGCUGAAAAGCAUGAGGGAAAGGUUCCUAGUGCAACUCCCAGCUAGAGACCUGCCGCAGUUACACAACCACGGUGUGCACAGAAGUUCCUCACUGGACCCAUCGGGCACCCCCGGAUAUGCACAAAUGCACACUUUCCCAGGCUGCUCAAACGCCUGGUGCACAUGCCAUGCCCACUGUUACUCCUCUCGGGUAACCUGCGAGGACCUGGAAAGCGACAGUCCCUUGGCCCCGGGACCCUUUUCCAAGCUCCUGCAGCCGGACGUGUCACACCAUUACGAAUCGUGGUUCCGGCCGACACGCCCAGGCACCGAGGAGGGCUCGUGGUGGGACCUUCAUCCGGGUACCAGCUGGAUGGACCUCCCCCACACUCAGGGCGCGCUGACCUCACCUGGCCACCCCGGGGCGCUUCAGGCUGGCUUGGGGGGCUACGUCGGAGACCACCAGCUUUGUGCCCAGCCGCCCCACCCACACCCGCACCCGCACCACCUCCUCCCAGCCGCCGGAGGGCAGCACCUCCUCGGGCCUCCCGACGGGGCGAAGGCCUUGGAAGCAGCCGCCCCGGAAUCCCAGGGGCUGGAUACCAGUCUGGAUGGGGCGGCCCGGCCCAAAGGCUCCCGGCGGUCAGCGCCCCGCAGCUCAGGCCAGACCGUGUGCCGCUGCCCCAACUGCCUGGAGGCGGAGCGACUGGGGGCUCCGUGCGGGCCCGAUGGGGGCAAGAAGAAGCAUUUGCACAAUUGCCACAUCCCGGGCUGUGGGAAAGCCUACGCCAAGACAUCGCACCUGAAGGCACACUUGCGCUGGCACAGCGGCGACCGCCCCUUCGUGUGCAACUGGCUCUUCUGCGGCAAGCGCUUCACGCGCUCCGACGAGCUGCAGCGCCGCCUCCAGACCCACACCGGCACCAAGAAGUUCCCCUGCGCAGUCUGCAGCCGAGUCUUCAUGCGCAGCGACCACCUGGCCAAACACAUGAAAACCCACGAGGGCGCCAAAGAGGAGGCUGCCGGGGCGGCGGCGGGAGAGGGCAAGGCCGGCGGAGCGGAGCCCCCCGGGGGCAAAGGCAAGCGCGAGGCCGAGGGCAGCGCGGCUCCCUGCAACUGA